CGGAUGGCUGCAUUAGUAACAGGCUUGAUCCCCAUCCUGCGCACUGCAGCGGAUGCCACCACCACCUACAAGUGCCGCUCUCUGUGGUUUGGCUUCCUGUCCAUUCGCCUGGUCAUCCUCUUCCUGGCUGAACUUCCAUUCAACAAACUGGAUGCUGACUUCAACUGCAACGGCACAGAUGCCGUCUGCACCCGAGCAUGUUUUAACAGUCACUUUAACAAACCAAUGGUGGUGGCCUGGAACUUCAUCUACGUGCUGGUCAUCAUUUCUGUGCUGCUCAUGGAGCUGUUCACCUUACACCUGCGCUCCAUGGCCGACAAGCAGAAAAGGAAGGCCAGAGAUGAAGAGAUGGAGGCUAAGGGGAAGGAGGACACAGACCCAAAGGAGAGUAUGGUGUUAGACUUCCACAGAGCUAAAGGCACAGUGGGCUUCUACCUACUCAGCAUCGUCCUACGGAUCCUGGUUGAAACCUGGUUUGUGUACAUUCUGCUGUCCUGGAACCUUCCCGCUCUUCAUAAUGAUGUGUUUGAAUGCCCUGCAGACAUCUGCUCAGGUUUUCAUGUUUGUGUUGUGAGGGCUGCUCCGGAGAAGCGCAUGUCUAUUUACGCUUUGGCCUCCAUCUCUGCCAUGGUUAUUGUUGUCUCAGUCCUAUUUUGUAUGUACUCCAUUGCUCAUUAUCUCUGCAACUUUUAAAUAUUUAUACUCAGCAUUUUCCUUUACAAUAUUCUGAUGUGGUCUGGAUAUCAUUCUGUUGCCUGUAUUGCUAAAUCUUCUACACAAACCCAUGUGCAUAUUCUGCAUGUUAUUAGAGUGAAGCUUAAAUCUUUGGUUGGUUGAGUGGGGCACUGAAAGCCUCAAUGUACUUCUAGAUAUAUAUUGCUGACGCAGAGGGAUCUAGGUGUAAAGUGAAUGAUUGUGUUUCUGAGUCAGGUUUUUCUUGUGUGUUUUAGUCUAUGCAAAAACAAAUACAGUGUCAAAAACACCCAUGUACAUUGUGAAAUACCACAGCAGUUAAGAUGUCAAACAAAGGGUGGAAUCAUUUUCAAGAUCUUUAUGGGACAUAUGGCAGUGUUUUAUGUUGAUACGUUGUAAUACAUUAUUCACAUUGUGAAAUAUUUGAGGGUUUUCAGCCAAAUAAUCAGAAUCAAACUGUAGCAGUUAUACAUGUGUUGCUUCCAAAAAAGCAAAAAAAAGUUUGAGGUCAGAGUUUCUGUUUGUUCUUCACUGAGAUGGAUUUUCUGUUGCAGUGCUUCAUGGUGUAGAGCAGUGCUGCUCCAGCGUCUGUUAGAGACUAGUGAGUAAAAAAAUAGAAGAAUUAUCAAGAGAAUUAAAGCUAAACAGGCCAAAUAUUGCAGUUUUAAGCAUGAACAGCAUAAAAGGACAUAAUUUGAAAUACCUGUGAAUCUGAAACAACUGAUUUUCUCUGGAAAAAGAACAAUCAAGUGUUGAAGAUUGGUGAUUCAAUCAAUUUGAGACACUAAAUAUGAUCAAAACUGUGUGUAUACUCACCCUUGUAAAAUUAUGUAUGUUGUUGUAUAUUGGUUCCAUUGUUUUAACCCAGUCUUGAUAUGUCUGUUUGUCUUCUGCACUGCGAUUAUGCUCUCUGCAAACAGAAAAUACUAAAUCUUUGAACAUUUUGUAUCA